AUGCAGACUCUCAAGAGGUUGCAUCUUUCAGAUGUUAACAUGACCUCUGAGCAAGCCAUUGCGAUAGUCGAAAUCGUGCCAGAAGCACGCCAUCUCUGCCAUCUUAGCCUGCUCGGAAACGCAGACAUUGUGGCCCUGGCUAGCGCCAAGACCGAAGAAGCCCAAGAAGAAGCUUGCGCUCUGUAUGCGUCACUGAUGGCUGCCACCAGGCUAUCCAGGAGCAUGAUAUGUGUGGACAUUGAAGUUCCCCACGAGGAGGCUGGCGAAAUUGUCAAAGCAAUGGCAAAGCAGGUUGUGGCUUACUGCCUACAGAACAUUGAGCACAUGCACGAUGCGGAGAUUAACAAGGCAGUGGCCACGGCCCUCGCCGAGGCCAAGGGAGAGACUGUCGAUACCAGAGCGCCAGGGUAUCCAGACGUGCUGGCGCAUCUCGUCGGCCAUGACGUCCUUGUGCAUGACGAUGUCGAGGAUGACGACUCAGGGCCAGACGAGGACUACGUCAUCGGUGGUACGGGCGUGGUCAAGGCGCUUGCGUGCUGCCUCAAGAACCGUGGCGAUGAAUCCCGCCGGGCAUCCGGGGAAUUCUUCCGCGAGCUGGGCGCGACAGAGGAGGAGCCCUUUGUCGGGCCCAGACUCCCCACUGGCGGCAAGGCCAAGGACUUGUCGAAGCACCUGUUGGCUGGUGCUCGCAAGAUCAGACUUCGUCUGCAGCCGGCGCUGAACAAGGCCAGGGCAAACCCAAGCGAAGACGAGCUCAACUUGCGCAAGCUAAACUUCCUGGACGAUACGCUGCAGGGUAUCAUCAAACGAUUCGAGGACGAGUAUCCCGAUACUCGCGAGGACGCAGAGGAGGCAGUGGUCAAGGCGCCGGCAUCCCAGACCGAGACGGAGAUGCUCUCAUCAUCGCCGCCGACCAUGGAGGAUGCCGUGGCCGCUGGCUCGGACGCCGAAGACGAGCCCGAACAAAAAACACUGUCGCGAUCCAACUCGAUCCUGGGCAAGCAGCUGGCGGAAGAGGAGGGACGUGUACACCGUGCCGGCCACAGGUUCCGAUCUGGAUUCACCGAUCAUAUCGACCUGCUCUCGACGCUCGACGACGUGGAGAACGACCCCAAGCAUGUGCAUGUGUUUGGCGAGCUUGCCGAAGACGUUGGCGGUGAAUUUCUGGAGAUGGCCAAGAAGAAGGGCGCCGUUCAAGCCUUCAAGGAGGACAGGGAGAUGCUGUUCUCAGCGUUGAAAGACAGCGACCCCGAGUACUGGGAGCGCUUCGUUGAAGCGCAGGGCAAGGCUCGUGCCAACAUCAACGUGCCGGCAGCUGAGAAGAAUGAAGAGAGACUGCGACAGGCUCAGGCAGACGAGAGCGCCAUUGCCGACUAA